GUGCAAUGCAGAAGCUCAUGUCCAAAAUAAUUUAUAUUUUAUUAUAAUCAAACGCCCGCUUGCAUUACAAUUAAAUUCACUUGAACACCAGAUCGUUCUUAUGCACUCACAAUAAGUACAAAACAAGCAAAAAGCACAUACAUUACACAAACCAAAUUUGCAUACGCUUCACGCUUGUGCUGGUAGAAGAAGCAGAACAAAAAAAGAAGAAAAACUGAUUAAAAAAACGCCGAAUUUGUCGAGUUUUUUUUUGUGAGUUGUGCGGAUUUAUUGUCUGUUCCUUUUUUUGAGUUGCUCGUGGUGGAUACAAAGAUGAGCCGUCGACGCGCACACGACACCGAAGAUGAGAGCUAUGAUCACAGACGCAAUAAGCGGCGUCGCGUCUCCGAGAAUCAGGAGAUUGAGGAUCGUUUGGAGUCGCUGAUUUUGCGGGUGGGCGAGCGCAGUACAUCGUCGGUGGAAUCGAAUCUCGAGGGUCUCGUCUCGGUGCUGGAGGCAGAUCUGGGCACAUUCCGUUUGAAAAUUCUACGCAUUCUGUCCGAUUGUGCGGUGCGAAUGCCAGAGAAAUGCACCGUUUACACAACGCUGGUGGGUCUGUUGAAUGCCAAGAAUUAUAAAUUUGGCGGCGAGUUUGUCGAUCAUAUGGUGAAAACGUUUAAGGAAUCACUCAAGCUAUGCCGCUGGGAUGCGGCACGCUAUUCACUGCGCUUCCUUGCCGAUCUGGUGAAUUGUCAUGUAAUAUCGGCAACGAGUCUGUUGCAGUUGCUCGACACAAUGAUCGAUGUGUCCAACGAGGAUACGGUGCCGCAAGUGCGACGUGAUUGGUUUGUCUUUGCGGUGCUCUCAACGCUCCCAUGGGUCGGCCGUGACCUGUACGAGAAGAAGGAAUCGUCGCUGGAAUCGCUGCUGUUGCGCAUCGAGGUGUAUUUGAAUAAGCGCUCCAAGAAGCAUCAUAAUGCGUUGCGCGUUUGGACAUCGGAUGCACCGCAUCCGCAGGAGGAGUAUCUCGAUUGUUUGUGGGCCCAGAUACGCAAAUUGCGUCAGGAUAACUGGGCCGAGAAGCAUAUACCGCGUCCCUAUCUUGUCUUCGAUUCGAUACUGUGCGAGGCACUGCAGCACAAUUUGCCGCAGAUAACGCCGCCGCCACAUCACGAUAACUUUGAGUAUCCGAUGCCGUGGGUUGUCUAUCGCAUGUUUGACUAUACCGAUUGUCCGGAUGGACCCAAUUUGCCCGGCGCCCAUUCGAUUGAGCGUUUCCUCAUUGAGGAGCAUCUGCAUCACAUUAUCGAGACGCAUCAUAGAGAGCGCAAGGAUUGCGCUGCUCAGCUCUUGAAUUUUCCAUUCAAGCACAAGAUUCCGUUGGAGUAUUGCAUCGUUGAGGUUAUCUUUGCCGAACUGUUUCAUAUGCCAACGCCACGGUAUCUGGACAUUUGCUAUGGCUCCAUACUGAUCGAAUUGUGUAAACUGCAGCCGGGCACAUUGCCCCAGGUGCUGGCCCAGGCCACCGAGAUCCUGUUCAUGCGCAUCGAUUCGAUGAACACAUCGUGCUUUGAUCGAUUCGUCAACUGGUUCAGCUAUCAUUUGAGCAACUUUAAGUUCACCUGGUCAUGGGAUGAAUGGGACAGCUGCCUGCUGCUCGAUGCCGAGCAUCCACGUCCCAAAUUCAUACAGGAAGUCCUACUCAAGUGCCUACGAUUGUCGUAUCAUCAGCGAAUCACCGAAAUGAUGCCAACAACGUAUGCGAAACUGAUCCCAGUCACCCCUGUGCCUAACUACAAGUACACCAGCGAGGAGGCAGCCAAUUUGCCGGGGACAACUGUGGCGCUGCAGCUGGUGGGCGCCAUUAGACAGAAGUGCACGCCGGAGGAGGUGGUCAACAUAUUGAAGGAGAUACCAAGCAGUGGCUACAGCGGCGAGGAGAUGUCCGAUGGCAGUUUCAAUGCGCUCAAGAUCGAUGUGUUCGUCCAGACGUUGCUCAAUUUGGGCUCAAAAUCGUUUUCGCAUAGCUUUGCGGCCAUCUCGAAAUUCCAUGUGGUCUUCCGUGCACUGGCCGAAACGGAGGAGGCCCAAAUCUGCAUAUUGCAUAACAUCUUUGAGCUGUGGUCCUCGCACCAACAGAUGAUGGUCGUUCUCAUCGAUAAGCUGCUCAAGCUGCAGAUUGUCGACUGUUCGGCGGUCGCCACAUGGAUAUUCUCCAAGGAGAUGACCGGUGAAUUCACCAAAAUGUAUCUCUGGGAGAUCCUACACUUGACCAUCAAGAAGAUGAACAAACAUGUCAUCAAAUUGAAUGUGGAGCUGAGCGAUGCCAAGGAGAAGCUGUCCAAGGCGGAUUCCUCAUCCAGCGACACAGACGAGGAUACGCCGCACAAGCGAAAGAAGCCCAUCACUCAUGCCGACAAACCCUCCGAAGAGGUGGUUGAGCGCAUGGAGGAGAAACUGGAGGCAGCGAAUGUGAAUCAGAAGCGACUCUUUCUCAUCGUCUUCCAGCGUUUCAUAAUGAUACUAUCGGAGCAUCUCUUGCGUUCCGAUACAGAUGGACGCGAUCCGGAUACGGACUGGUAUCGCUGGACAAUUGGCCGUCUCCAGCAGGUGUUCCUCAUGCAUCACGAACAGGUGCAGAAAUAUAGCAGCACUUUGGAGACGCUGCUCUUCACUUCGGAUCUGGAUACGCAUAUUUUGGAGGUCUUUCAGCAGUUUGUCGCACUGCGCGCCUAACGAACACUAUUAACAACAGCAGCAACAAUCACAACAACAACAACAAAAACAACAAUAUCAUUAACAAGAACAAUAAAAACAGCUACAACAACAACAACAACAUCUUCUGAAGCCUGUUUAGAUGGUUUUAGGAGCUGUUUGUUCAAUUUUAGAAUUUAAGUUUUUUUUUUAUUAAUUGCAAUUGUAAAUUUUAAUUUAAAAAUCAAUUAGCGAUUUAACAAAAAAAAAUUUGGCACACACACUAAUAACAACAUCCCCCCCCCCCCCCCCCACACACACACACACACAUACACACACACACAUCAAAUGACAAAAACCGUGUAACUUGUAAAUAAAUAUAAGAAUUUCAAAAAUGCAAAAAUUACAACAACAAAAUGCAAUCGAUAUUGUA